AUGUUGAAAGGGUACGGGGAGGUUCCAUAUGUGCUCUCCAGGGUUAAGCUGCUACCAUCGACGGAUGGUGUGGUGGAUAGCGAUGUGGACUUCGGGUUAGGACGGCUAGGCUGGGUUGAUGGUUCGGAUCCACAGGGCUUUGCCGUUUUUGCAUUUUAUGCUGCCACCUCCAGAUUGGCUCAAUAUUGCACCAGGGCCAAAGCAAGUGCCCGACUGGUCAUGGUCGUGACCAGGACCAGCCAGGCACACAACCCCUACAAGCCGUUAGAAUUGUUGUGUGGAGCACUAUCAAUGGAGGAGCUUCCAGGCUUCACGGUUCCAGGAGCUCCCCAUUCCCCUCCCCUCAACUUCCUCACGUAG